GUUUAGUUGUUGCUGUUACCAUAGUAGGGCUUAGUCACGUGACGUAAGCAAAUGCAAUGGUGACUGGGGUGAACUUUUAACGCAGGCCAACACCAAGAUACUCGACCUGCUUUCAUAUUUUAUAGCAUAUCCCGAUCGCCAGCGAGUUGGUGUUGGAAUCGAAAGGGACGGAAACUGGACAUAUUUAUGACUGGAACAAGCAACUAAAUCAAAACCUACGAAACAAUGGAAGUGUCGGCGAUUUCAUUUUGUUUCGUCGUCGUGUUGUCAGUUUUCGUUUCAGGCGGUUCGGCGAAGUGGGUAGAAGGAUAUCUGGAUACUGACCAGGACUGGAAGUUUCUCGGCCGGUUUUGUUUCUUGUCAGAAAAAGGCUCUUUGGUGUACAACUUUGUUUAUCCUGUGGCGUACAGUACACAGGACAUACUAUUGUAUUAUGACACAGACAGUCAGUGGCCAUCGGUGUAUCCCUCAACCAAGUCGUGUGGUGAGAAAUACGCCGUACUAAAUAUUAAUAACCAUCAGGUGAUCUCCCUCAAUGAUAGCAAAAGUUACCCCUCGUCCCGUUACUCCGGCUGUCGUACGUUUAACAAGACCGACUCGACGGGAAAGGGAGAACUGUUCUGGAACUGCACGGGCAGUCGGACAUUUAGGUCGUCGCGGGAACGCUGGUGGUUUAUUGCGGCGUCAAGAUGUUACCCACUAACGCCACAAGGGAUGAAGCUGCACUAUUCUAUGCACAUGACAAAUGGUCCAGCGGGCGAUAUGCUCUAUCACGAGUUUUCAGCGGACGAAUUCUAUAUUUUGCCAACCGAUAUCACCUUCUUGCUGAUACAUCUCAUAAUCUUUGGCCUGACCAUUGUAUGUGCAGCUGCUCUGCGUGAUCGCCAGUUGUUCCACACAACAUACAAGAUGUAUCUGACGACAGUGACACUGUGGACGUUCCACAUCUUUCUCUUGUGUGUCGCAUUCGGCAAAUACUCACAGACAGGAAGGUCAGAGCGGCGGACGAAAGUAGCAGCUCGCGUGUUCUCGUCGGCUGCGGACCUGAUCUUCCAGCUGAUGCUCAUCCUGAUGGGGAGUGGCUACACGAUCACGCGCGGCAAACUCAAGUCGCUGGAGACUGUCAUCUUCACAGUGUUCACCUGCAUCUACACCAUCGUCUACAUCGUCCUCCUCAUCUGGGAGGCUGUGCUGUUUGAUCCGGGUCAAGUGUUGUACAUUUACCAGAGUCCCGCAGGCUAUGGUUUAAUUGCCCUCCAUCUCUUUGGCUGGCUGUGGUUCCUGCUGGCGGUGUUUUUCACCCUCAAGAAGUACCCAUCAAAAGCAAAAUUCUACAUCCCGUUUACCAUUUUCUAUACUAUAUGGUUUUUUGCGACACCUCUAAUAAUUUUGAUAUCGAACCUCGCACUGCCGCAGUGGAUGCGUGAAAAGACGGUGAACGGUGUCGAGUUGUUCAUCGGUCUCGCCGGACAUGUCUUCUUCCUUGUUCUGACUAGGCCAGCAGCAGCGAACACCAACUUCCCGUACCACGUUAGAACAACACAGAUUGGAUCACUGGACGGUACAGAGGCUGAUACCGCCGACCCGGUCGAUAUGUCAAACUCGUAUUCCCCGGGGACGGCACCGGACUUCUCUCAUCUGUUUCUGGUGUCACACACAUACUCUGACCAGUCCAGAUCACAAACCAGUAACGGCUUUAACAACAACACUCCACCACCAAAAUACGUAGACACUCCAAUUUCCAAUGGGUUUCUUCCACCUGUAGGUGGCGCCACCAGACAGUUUAUUCCUGACGAGGCCAACAGAGUUCCCAGCAGACUUCCGCCGAUUACUGCUACAGCGCCACCUGUCGCAGAAGAAUUGUCGGAACUCUCCGUGCCUCCGAGUUAUGAUGCUUUGUUCCAAGCCACGAGUAAUUCUAAAAGAAGCUAAAACCAGUGGAUUUGAAAACAUCGAGAAUAAUUAAAUUGAAUGGUUUGCCUGAAUUAACUGUUUAAAUUAUAACAUGAGUUAUGUACCUUGAAUAUGUUUCAGUGUAGAAAAUAUGCAUUAUUUGUUUACAAAAGCUAAAACCGGUUGAUUUGAAAAUGUCCCAACUUUUAAUUAAAUUGAAUGGUUUGCUUGAAUUAACAGUUUAAGUUAUGUCAUGAGUUAUGUCCCUUGAAUAUGUUUCAGUGUAGGAAAUAUACAUUGUUUGUCUACAAAAGCUAAAACCAGUUGAUUUAAAACCCUCCCGACUGAAAUAACAGUGUAAGUUAUGACAUGAGUUAUGUCCCUUGAAUAUGUUUCAAUGUAGGACAUUUUCAAAACUGGUUGAUUUAAAACACAUCCAGAUUUUAAUUACGUGAGUUAUGUCACUUGAAUUAAUUUUAGUGUAAACAAACAUGAAGGCCUCUGGAUGUCACGGUAACAAUCCUACCAUGUCAGUAAAAUCACGGAACCGAAAAAAAAAAAUCCCAGGAUUAUUAUAUCGAGUAUAACUCUUCAACAUAAAUAAUAUAAACUGUUUCCCAUGAAGUUUGAAAUCCUGUGACUUGCAAUGUUAACCGAACAAAGUAGCUUGUAAGCAGAGGUAUUUAAUCAUUGUAAAUGUAUGUAGUUAAACACACGUCAGACAGAAGCACGGUUUGUAGAUUUUGUCCCUCAGACUUUUAAUUAAAUUGAAUGUGUUAACAGUUUUAAUUUGUGACAAGAGUUUUAGUGGUGUCACGAUACACCUAUCUCACUAUAUGAUACGCGUUGCGAUACAUAGCUCAUGAUACAAUACAUAUCACAAUACCAGAUUCAUAAUGUUUUCCUGUAAAAUAAGAAGUUGGAGCUUAUGUGAAGUGAUUUAAAAAUAAGAAAUAAACUUGAUAAAAGUGAACCACUGAUUAAACAGUUUUAAUGUAGAAAUACCACAUCACUGACAUAAGCAAGCCGAUUAAACACAGUUCAGGCAUAUUCUCUGUCCACUGUUGGUUUUUGUGAAGGAAAUAACUUGCCAGUAAGUACAUAAAAGUACAAAUUGUUGUUGGUAACUGAAUACAGAAUUAAAAUAGGAAUCGAUACACAAGCAAGGCUAUCGUAUCAUCAACAGUAGUAUCGUGAUGCAUCAGUGUAUCGUGACGCCCCUAACUGAACCCUAUAAUCUGCAGCACUACACAGAGAGAGAGAGAGAGAGAGAGAGAUGGAUAGAGAGAGAUGGAGAGAGAGAGAAGGGGGU